UGGCCUGGGCCCCGUGAGUGGAAUGGUCGCCGAGGCCCACGGCGUCGGGCUUCUGCCCGCCCAGUGAAGGGAACUGGGGAGCCUCGAGGGUCCCCGUUCUUCCUACUCCAGGCGCGGACAACUCCGCUUGGUGAGAGCAGCUGUAUUCACUGGCGAUUAGAGGUAGAUACCUGUGGUCACCGACGUAGAGCACUUAUUCUACAUUGAUCCAGGCAAAUGUGCAAUACCAACAUGUCUGUGUCUACCGAUGGUGCUGUAAGCACCUCACAGAUGCCAGCUUCGGAACAAGAGACCCUGGUUAGACCAAAGCCAUUGCUCUUGAAGUUGUUAAAGUCUGUUGGUGCACAAAAAGACACUUAUACUAUGAAAGAGGUUAUAUUUUACCUUGGCCAGUAUAUUAUGACUAAACGAUUAUAUGAUGAGAAGCAACAGCAUAUUGUGUAUUGUUCCAAUGAUCUCCUAGGGGAUUUGUUUGGAGUGCCAAGCUUCUCUGUGAAAGAACACAGGAAAAUAUAUACAAUGAUCUACAGAAACUUGGUAGUAGUCAAUCAGCAUGAACCAUCAGAUUCAGGCACAUCUGUGAGUGAAAAUAGGUGUCACCUUGAAGGUGGGAGUGAUCAAAAGGACCCUGUGCAAGAGUUGCAGGAAGAGAAACCUUCAUCUUCAGAUUUGGUUUCUAGACCAUCUACCUCAUCUAGAAGGAGAACAAUUAGUGAGACAGAAGAACAUUCAGAUGAAUUACCUGGUGAACGGCAGAGAAAGCGCCACAAGUCUGAUAGUAUUUCUCUUUCCUUUGAUGAAAGCCUUGCUCUGUGUGUAAUAAGGGAGAUAUGUUGUGAAAGAAGCAGUAGCAGCGAAUCGACGGGGACUCCGUCAAAUCCGGAUCUCGAUGCUGGUGUAAGUGAACAUUCAGGUGAUUGGUUGGAUCAGGAUUCAGUUUCAGAUCAAUUCAGUGUAGAAUUUGAAGUUGAGUCUCUCGAUUCAGAAGAUUAUAGCCUUAGUGAAGAAGGACAAGAACUCUCAGAUGAAGAUGAUGAGGUAUAUCGAGUAACUGUGUAUCAGGCAGGGGAGAGUGAUACAGAUUCAUUUGAAGAAGAUCCUGAAAUUUCCUUAGCUGACUAUUGGAAGUGUACUUCGUGCAAUGAAAUGAAUCCUCCUCUUCCACCUCAUUGCAACAGAUGUUGGGCUCUUCGUGAGAAUUGGCUUCCUGAAGAUAAAGGGAAAGAUAAAGGGAAAAUGCCUGAGAAAGCCAAAGUGGAAAACUCAACACAAGUAGAAGAGGGCUUUGAUGUCCCUGAUUGUAAAAAAACUACAGUGAAUGAUUCUAGGGAAUCAUGUGCUGAGGAAAAUGAUGAUAAAAUCACACAGACCUCCCAAUCCCAAGAAAGUGAGGACUAUUCUCAGCCAUCAACUUCUAACAGCAUCAUUCAUAGCAGCCAAGAAGAUGUCAAAGAGUUUGAGAGGGAAGAAACACAGGACAAAGAAGAAAUCGUGGAAUCUAGUUUUCCCCAUAAUGCCAUUGAACCUUGUGUGAUUUGCCAGGGUCGACCUAAAAAUGGUUGCAUUGUUCAUGGCAAAACAGGACAUCUUAUGGCAUGCUUUACUUGUGCAAAAAAGCUAAAGAAGAGGAAUAAGCCCUGUCCAGUACCGAAUAUAAUGCAUUGAAUAUAAUGCAUUGUGUGCACAGUAGGCAUUCAGUAAAGGAUGGUGACUGGCAAGGAAAAUAGCCGUGUAGUUUUCUGAAAUUUACAAGAGGGGAAAAGACAGUUUUAAAAAACAUCCUGAAAAAAUAUUGUCUGCAAUAUUGCAAUAAAUUACUUCAAUGGCAAAAGAAACAUUCUGAGAACACAGUGGUCUUCAAAAGUUGAUACGGUAUCAGAAUUGUACCAGAAUUGGUAAAGCUUUGCUUAAAAUAUCCCUCUAUGUAAAAGUUCUUCCACCUUUUCUCACAUUUAUUUCCUUCUUUUUUAAGAGGUAUGUGGGGGCGCCUGGGUGGCUCAGUCAGUUAAGGGUCCAACUGCAGUUCAGGUCAUGAUCUUGCAGUGAGUUCGAGCCCCACAUCAGGUUCUGUACUGACAGCUCAGAAUCUGCAACCUGCUUCAGAUUCUGUGUCUCCCUCUCUCUCUGCCCCUCCCCGGCUCACACUCUGUCUCUGCCUCUCUUUCUCAAAAAUAAACAUUUAAACACAUUAAAAAACAGAGGCAUGUGAGAAGACCAAAUCUCUUUAGUUAAGCACUUUUCUAACCACCAGGUGGAAGCAUAGCUCCAGGAGCUCUCUGAAGGCCUCCAUUAACGGAAGGUAGACCCUUAACAGAGUGGACAGAGCCCUCCCGGAACAGAUUGCUGGGCUGGAGAGCAGAGACGUUGAGUGAGUUGUGAGUGAGUUCUGCUCUUGGUUGUUAAAACACAAACUUCCCAUCUUGGUCCUAGAGUCCUUCACUAUUCAUCCUUCAGAACUCCCGUGUCCUUGGUCAAUGAGGGAAAACCAUUUUUAAAUUAACUUUGACUUAACCAGGUGUUAUUUCAACAUAAACUCUGGAAAUGUUUAAUGAAUACGUAAGAAGGUGUAACAACUGCCUUUGUAAACUGGUGUUUCUAAAAUUUGAGGUUCUACUGUUUAAAUCAUUUACUUUUCUUAUAAAAAAAAUAGAAAACUUCUAAAUAAAUAGAAAAUUUUA